AUGAAGUUCAACCUGCUUGCUCUCUCAGCCCUGCUGGCACUGGCUGCUGCGGCCGAUACCACCACCAACAGCGCAGCCUCCACCGCGACUGCCAGUGCUGAGGUCCAAUGUGCAAAUAAGUGUGGAGUCAAUGACCUCUGCUGUGUGGCGGCUUGCUACAAGGUUCCCUGCCCCAGUGACAACCAGGCCAUCGAUACCAACAAGUGUGUCGCGGCCUGCCCUCAGGGUACCGGCUCCCCCGCCGACACCAAGAAGUAUGCCGACUGUGAGCAGAGCUGCUUCAGCUCGCACUUCUUCCCCGCGACGGGAGCGGCCGCGGCCACAGGCUCCUCUGGCUCCUCGGCCUCCACAGCGUCUGGCAGCGAGGCUACCGAGACUGGCUCCAAUUCCUCGAACAAAGGCGCCACCGCGACCUCUGGUUCAUCCACCGGCACUUCCACCUUUACCAGCCAGACCUCCAAUGCCGCUGGCAACCUAGCUGCCUCUGGUGCUGGCCUGUUUGGCUUGGUCCUCGCGGCCUUUGCUUUGUAA